UUAAGAAACCCCUAAAUUUGCUCCGUAACGCUCAUUUUUUUCUGCCCUCCAAUUAAUGUCUCCCACUAAAUAAACAAAUCUCCUUUUGUCUCUUCUUUCCCUCUGCCCAACAAUUCCAUUGCCAAUUUGCCAUGCCUUCUCAAAAAACCCUUCAACACCGGGAGCAGUACCCCAAGAAUACCAACGCCAAGCGGGCCCUACGGUCCCUAGCCAUCGCCGUUACCGUCCCCGUCUCCCUAACCAUGUUCAUCGUUUUCAUGUUCGGCUCCGGCCGCAAGUACCGGGCGCUAGCCAAGCCCCUCUGGUUCCCGCCUCUUUGGUUCAUACACCUGGCGUCCCUGGGGUCGUCUUUCCUCAUGGGCUUCGCGGCUUGGCUCGUGUGGGCCGACGGAGGAUUCCAUGCCCACCCCGAUGCGUUGCUCCUCUACGUCGCUCAGGUUUCGCUGAGCAUAGUGUGGGACCCUCUUGUGCUCGUGAUCGGCGCAAGGUGGCUGGCGUUUGUGUUCUGCGCCGCCAACUUCGGAGCUCUCUUUGCGUGUUACAAGGUCUUCCGAGGCAUGAACGUGAAUCCGUUUGCGAAAGAUCUUGUUAAGCCUUGCGUGGCGUGGGCAGCGUAUCUAACGAUCCUUACUUUUAAGCUUAUUUCUCUUUGAUUUUGGUUUUUGCCUAACUUUUUCUUAAUUAGGUCCGUUUUUGUAAUUAGUUUUAAUUUGCCCCCACAACAAUUCAAUUUGUAGCAUCCAAAUGUUCAUGCCAAGUACUUCGAUAAUGCUUCCCUUUCAAAAAAA